AUGCUGCUCCUUCUGGAUAAAUCCAGAGGGGCGGUUGGAGGAUUCUGGGCCUGUGAGGUAGAGGGUAUGAUGAGUGGUGAAGAGGGAGAUCCUGGUCCAAGAGGUCCCCCAGGAAUCCCAGGAAGAGAAGGGUCAAAGGGGAGCAAAGGGGAACGUGGAUUUCCUGGUCUUCAGGGAGAGAAAGGUGAUGAGGGCCUUCAAGGAAUUCCAGGGCUACCUGGUGUGGUAGGACCACCAGGACCUUCUGGCACAAUAGGAAGAUCUGGACAUCCUGGUUCACCAGGAACAAAAGGCGAGAAGGGAAAUGAGGGUGCUCCUGGGAAGCCUGGACCACCUGGUAUGUCAUAUAGUGAAAGUAGUGGCAUGAGCAGCUUAUAUAAACUACAGGGAAGUUCUAGUUAUGCUGGUCCCCCUGGACCUCCUGGCCCAAAGGGGGAGACUGGAGCUGUGGGUGAAGCGGGCCCAAUGGGACUACCAGGCUUAGAAGGACUACCAGGAGAAAAGGGUGACCAGGGAUCAGUGGGACCUCCAGGAGUUCCAGGAAUACCUGGAAAGCAUGGCACUCCAGGGCCACCAGGAAUCCCCGGAGAACCUGGUGAAAGAGGCCCUGUUGGAGAUGUUGGCUUCCCAGGGCCAGAAGGGCCAUCAGGAAUACCAGGCUUAAGUGGGAAAGAUGGAUUGCCUGGUGCUCAGGGUGGAAUGGGUAAACCUGGUGAUAGAGGCCCCAAAGGAGAACGUGGUGAUCAAGGUAUACCGGGAGACAGGGGCCCACAAGGUGAAAGGGGGAAGCCUGGCUUACCAGGAGACCAAGGGCCCCUAGGACCUACUGGAUCUGCAGGGCAAAAAGGCAAUUCAGGAUCUCCAGGUCCAAAGGGCCCUCCAGGUGUCCCAGGAAUUCCAGGAAUACCAGCUGAUUCAAUUUCAUUUGAGGAAAUGAAAAAAUAUGUCAGACAGGAGGUUCUUAGAGUUUUUGAAGAGAGGAUGACUCAGUUUGUGUCUCAGCUGAAGUUGCCUGCUGCUAUGCUAGCUUCCCAAACUCAUGGGAAGCCAGGUCUUCCAGGAAAAGAUGGAUUACCUGGGCCACCUGGGGAACCUGGACCACCAGGCUACAGAGGACAAAAAGGUGAAAGAGGUGAGCCUGGAAUUGGCCUGCCAGGUGAUCCUGGCCCACCUGUUACUGGUAUGCAAGGCCCACAUGGAGCUCCAGGAGAACCAGGUGAGCAGGGAAUACCUGGCCCUGCAGGAAGAUGCAAUCCAGAAGAUUGCUAUUACAAAGUUUCUCAAAGUCAGUCCCGAACAACUGGGAAAUGA